CAUUACGCUUUCCAAUAGAAAGUAUAGAAUUAUUUCUCUGCAGAUAACAAAAAAAAACAAAGAACCUGGAUCACUAAUCUAUGGCAAGCAAACCCCAAAUCCACAAAAAUGGUGAAAAUGGGGCUAAUGAUCAUCAAGAAGAUGAUGAUCAUGAACGAUGUCCAGUAGAGGAAGUUGCAUUAGUAGUACCGGAAACAGACGAUCCAACUCUACCAGUGCUGACAUUUCGUGCAUGGUUUCUUGGUUUACUUGCAUGCGUUCUUCUAAUAUUUCUCAACACUUUUUUCACUUACCGUACUCAGCCACUCAUUAUCUCAGCCAUUCUCAUGCAAAUUGGUGUUCUCCCCAUUGGCAAGUUUAUGGCUAGAGCUUUGCCCAGUAGAGAGUUUAAGGUCUUGGGUUGGGGUUUCAGUUUGAAUCCUGGCCCGUUUAAUAUUAAGGAGCAUGUCAUCGUUACUAUUUUUGCUAACUGUGGUGUUUCCUAUGGCGGUGGUGAUGCUUAUUCUAUUGGUGCUAUUACUGUUAUGAAGGCUUAUUAUAAGCAGAGUUUGAAUUUUCUUUGUGCUCUUCUUAUUGUAUUGACUACUCAGCUAGUUGGGUAUGGAUGGGCUGGAAUGCUGAGGAGAUAUCUGGUUGAUCCAGUUGAGAUGUGGUGGCCUGCAAAUCUUGCUCAGGUUUCUCUGUUUAGAGCACUCCAUGAAAAGGAGGUGAAAAGCAAAGGCAUGACUCGGAUGCGAUUCUUCCUUUUAGUGAUGACAGCAAGCUUUCUUUAUUAUGCACUCCCCGGCUACUUGUUCCCGAUAUUGACAUUCUUCUCAUGGGUGUGCUGGGCAUGGCCUCACAGCAUCACUGCGCAACAAAUAGGAUCGGGUUACCAUGGGCUUGGACUUGGAGCGUUUACGCUGGAUUGGGCAGGGAUUACCGCAUACCAUGGCAGCCCCCUGGUAGCACCCUGGUCAUCCAUUCUCAAUGUUGGAGUUGGCUUUGUCAUGUUCAUCUACAUAAUAGUGCCUCUAUGUUAUUGGAAGUUUGAUACGUUUGAUGCUCGCAAGUAUCCGUUGUUUUCAAAUCAGCUGUUUACUAAUAGUGGACACAAGUAUGAUACCACAAAGAUCCUGACACCGGAUUAUGAGCUUAAUAUUGCUGCUUAUGAUAGUUAUAGUAAGCUGUAUCUCAGCCCUCUGUUCGCCCUGUCGAUUGGAUCAGGGUUUGCAAGGUUUACGGCAACUCUCACUCAUGUGGCUUUGUUUAAUGGAAGUGAUAUUUGGAGGCAGAGCAAGUCGGCAAUGAAGAAUGCAAAACUGGACAUUCAUGCAAAAUUGAUGAAAACUUACAAGCAAGUGCCUGAGUGGUGGUUUUUGAUUCUCUUGAUAGGCAGCAUGGCGCUCUCGUUAUUGAUGUCAUUUGUGUGGAAAAAAGAUGUGCAGCUGCCUUGGUGGGCUAUGCUCUUUGCCUUUUUCUUGGCUUGGAUUGUUACUCUUCCUAUCGGGGUCAUUCAAGCGACUACAAACCAGCAACCUGGAUAUGACAUAAUUGCACAGUUCAUAAUUGGGUAUAUCCUGCCAGGAAAACCCAUUGCCAACUUGCUUUUCAAGAUUUAUGGAAGAAUUAGCACCAUCCAUGCUCUUUCCUUCUUGUCUGACCUUAAACUCGGUCAUUACAUGAAAAUACCACCGCGGUGCAUGUAUGUAGCUCAGUUGGUAGGAACUCUGGUAGCUGGGACAGUUAAUCUUGCAGUUGCAUGGUGGAUGUUGGAAAAUAUCGACAACAUUUGUGAUAUCGAAUCACUCCAUCCUGAAAGUACUUGGACAUGUCCCAAAUACCGAGUCACUUUCGAUGCUUCCGUUAUUUGGGGCCUCAUCGGACCGAGACGACUCUUUGGUCCUGGAGGAUUGUACAGGAAUCUGGUAUGGUUAUUCCUCAUUGGAGCUUUCUUGCCAGUACCUAUUUGGAUACUAAGUAAAAUGUUCCCCGAAAAGAAAUGGAUACCAUUGAUAAACAUACCAGUUAUAUCAUAUGGUUUCGCCGGAAUGCCACCCGCAACUCCCACCAACAUAGCAAGCUGGCUUGUCACAGGAACGAUCUUCAACUACUUCGUUUUCCGAUAUCACAAACGCUGGUGGCAGAAAUAUAAUUAUGUGCUAUCUGCAGCAUUGGAUGCUGGUACUGCUUUCAUGGGUGUACUAUUGUUCUUUGCAUUGCAAAAUGCAGGCAAAACAUUGAACUGGUGGGGAACGGAAAUCGAUCACUGUCCGUUAGCUACGUGUCCGACGGCUCCCGGAAUUAUAGUUGAAGGAUGCCCUGUCUUUACUUAGUCAUUUGGUAGUAAAAGGAGGUAGAAUUGCUUAAUUCCAGUAGGGGGAGGAAAGGCUUAAAUAUCGACUCGCUCCCUAUAUUUGCAUGGGAUGAGCCAUUCAUACCAAAAGUAAUUUUUUUAUCAAUUAGUCCCUUGAGCUUGUCAAUGUUUAUCGGUUAGAUCAAAUGUAUCGAUUUUAGCUGACAAAAAAUUUAGGUUAAUUGAUAAAAAUGAACAAGUUCAAGGGACAAAUUGAUGUUUAAAUCGGGGAGGAAAUUGUAUAUUUAAACAUGCUUCUUAAAUAGCUAUUGAAUCAAUGUGAAAGCGAUGAUCUUUCUUGUUAA